AUAUGUCGUGCAUAUACUACAAAUUAUGUUAUCCAUUUGUAUGUUAUGGUCGAAAUACGAGAAGCGGAAAAAUAGGGCAUAACAAAUACACCUCAGCGUAUUUUAUUUACUUGUGAUCAUGUUUACUUGAUAACGCGGAUUGUAAGCAUUGUAGUUUUCAAAUAAAGACAGGACGGCUAGGCGUAACGAAUACUGUAAUCUAUUGAGUACACACAUACCACGAGAGCUUUAUUUCACAACCCGGAAUAUUGUUAUAAAAUGAAGCACGGUACAACGGAUUACAAUAGAUCGAGGUUAUUAGCCGUAGACUCGCUUGAACGACGACAUUACGAUGGCAAAGUGCCAUAUCAUAGACAAAGACAUUAUUUAAAAAUGAAUCUUGAGCUGCGGGAUCAGGUGGAGGGCGCUAUCGCACAAUCGGAUUUGUUACUGUAUAAAAAAAGUAACUUCAAAACAAGGUUAAAGGCAGAACUCGUUAGAGCACAUACACAGUUGAACGACAAUAAUUAUUAUAAAGAGCAAAUCAGCGAGCUCAAAGAACAGUUAUAUAGGUUCGCGUUGAUCGAAAAGACGUUAAAUAAUGUCUUGAAAGAUACUAAUAGUAAAUUGAGAAAAAGGAACGAAGAAUUGAAGUACGCACAAUCAAGGCUCGCAGAGGCCGACCAGCACACACAGGACAUGUACGCAGAACUCGUUAGAAUACAUACACAGUUGGAAGACAAUACAUAUUAUAAACAGCAAAUCAGUGAGCUCAAAGAACAUUUAUAUAGGUUCGCGUGGAAUGAACAGACUUUACAGAAUGUCUUGAACAAGACUAAUGGUAAAUUGAGAGAGAGCAACGAAGAAUUGAAGUACGCACACUCAAGGCUUGCAGAGGCCGACCAGCACGCGAAGGAGAUAAGCGAUGUACUUUCUCAGGAAAUCAGGGAUCUAUGGCAGAGGUUGGAGGAAUCCGAAUCUAGCGAACAUGCUUUAAAUAUCCAGUUGCAGCAAAGCCGGGCAGAUCUUAAAUCAACAAAGGAGGAAUUGAAACGCACACAAGCAAGGUCAAAUGAUACCAACAAGCGGGCAAGUGGGAAAGACAACAGUCAUUCACAGGACACCAGCGAUCUUAAAAAACUGUUGGAAAAAACCCAGUCUAACGAAAGACUGUUACAACAUCAGUUGCGACAAACCCAAGACGAUUACAAGAAAAUAACUGAGCAAUUUGCAAAGACCGAAAUCAAAUUUAAGGUGAACUCAAAAUCAAAGGAAGCAGAGCUCAACUCACUUCUGCAACAGUCCAAGGAACAGGUUAACAGAAUUACAAGGGAAUUGGAGGACACAAAAACAAGACUGAAUGAAGUUAACCAAAAGGCAAACAUGGCGGAGAAGAGUCUAUCACUGGAAAUCAGUGAUCUACGAGAAAAUAUAAAAGAAUUCAAAUUAAUAAAUGAGAAAUUGAAUGGUAAGUUGCUGCAAAAAAGUGAGGAUUUGAGAAAAACAACCAACGAUUUGGAACAAGCAAGACAAAGGUUAAUUGUAGCUAACCAUAGGGAAAGCGAGACUGACAAUAGCAAUUCCAGAGACAACAGUGAUUUGAGAAAACUGUUGGAAAAAUCUGAAUUAAAUGAAAGAUCGUUAAAACAGCAAUUGCAUGAAACUCAAGACAAUUUGAAAAAAAUGGAUGAACAGUUUGCAGAAAUCAAAAUGAAGAAAAAUGACCCGCUACAUGGUAUUCGAAUUCAGCUAAAGGAUAAGAGUCAACAAGUCAGUGAUCUAAGGAGAAUGUUGGACAUAUCCGAGGCUAAAGAAGCGACAUUUAAUCACCAGAUGCAGAACGUACAAGAUAAGUUACAGAAAACAACCUCAGAACUGGAAGAUGCCAAAAUGAGGUUAAAUGAAGCAAGGGCAAGUGAGGAAUACAACAGUCAUUUACAGGACAUCCGCGAUCUUAAAAAACUGUUGGAACAAUCCCAGGUUAACGAAAGAUCAUUACAACAUCAGUUGCGACAAACCCAAGACAAUUUGAAGAAAAUAACUGAAGAAUUUGAAGAAGCCAAAACCAAGGAGACAUCAAAGGCCAGGGACAUAGAGUUUAAUAAACUUCUCCAACAAUCAAAGGAACAGGUCAAUAUAACAACAAAGGAAUUGCAGAACACUCAAAGAAGACUCAAUGAAGUCAACCAAACGGCGCAAAUGACGGAGAAGAGUCUCACACGAGAAAUCAGUGAGCUACGACAAAAGAUUAAUGCAUUGAAAUUGAAAAAUGAGACAUUGAAUGGUGAGUUGCAACAAACAAAAGAGGAUUUGAGAAAAACAACCAACGAAUUCGAGGAAGAAAGAAAAAGGCUGAUUGAAGCUUAUCAUAGGGCAAGCGAGACUGACAAGAGCAAUUCCCAAGAAACAAGUGAUAUGAGAAAAUUGCUUGAAACAUCUAAAAUAAACGAAAGAACUUUAGAACAACAGUUACGACAAAGUCAAGAAAAUUUGAGAAAAAUGGCUGAGCGAUUCGCAGAGAUCAAAAAGCAAAAGGAAGCGAUCGAUGGAAUUCGAAUUCAGCUAAAUGAUAAAAGUCAAGAAGUCAGUGAUCUAAGGAAAAUGUUGGACAUAUCCAAGGCUAAAGAAGCGACAUUUAAUAACCAGAUGCAGCACGUUCAAGAUAAGUUACAGAAAACAACAACUGAACUAGAAGACACCAAAACAAGGUUAAGUAAGUUCAUGGGACAACAGUUGACAGACAACAAUCCGAACAUCACUGACCUCAGCGACAAAAACCGACCAACUAAACUUAGUGAACGUUUCUCAGAGCUGUACGACAACGAAUGGACAGAUGCCUUCGAAGUUUUGGGGUCUAUUUACAAUGACGAAAGAACAACGAUUAUCACACUGAUCACAAUUUUAAAGGACGCUGACAAGUAUUGCAAAGAAGAAGCCGAGAGACAAAUGGAACGCCUACGAAAGGCUUUAACAUUAAACAUGGAAACGGGUGGAUCGGAUAUUCCCAGUUUGAUAAACAAACAAAUGAAGGAUUGCCGCAAGGCUCUAGCGACGGAAGCAGGGCAGCAUCUGUUUGAGGUUUACACUAAGGAGCUAUCUCAGAAAAGCCAAACGCGUGACUCAGCUAAGUCCGCCCUACGCGUGACAGCGUAUUUGAGAGAGGCAUUCAUGCUCUGUUGGUUAAUGACCAUACAAGAUCCACCUGUUGUGUUUGACCGCAUUCUACAGCACGGAGAGAAAUUCAACACGGAGUUAUAUCGGUCAUACACCAAGUCAGGACCACUGGUGAACUUUCCAGUAUGGCCAACAAUGUUUCUGCACGAGGGCGGACCCGUCUUGUACAAAGGGGUGGCACAAGGAUGCCAUAAAUAGUGAGACUACAAUAUAAAUUGGACGCAAACGACGUGAAACUGAAUGCUCUUACAAAAAACCUGAGUGACACCGUUAGUCAGCUUGUUUCUCUGACGAGAUCAUUUAACGACCUCACAGCCAAAGUCGAUCACCAGCCAGUGGCAUUCAAAGCACACCAGGCCUCGAGUGGCAAUUUGUAUAUCACUAUCGGUCGAAAUCAGCGCAUCAUCUUUGACGAUGUUCAACUGAACCUUAGAAAUGCCUACUUUCAUCAUCUGGGUGGAUUUCUUGCACCGUUGAGCGGCACGUACAUGUUUUCCGUCUCAAUUUGCUCACAUACUGGCCAUUACAUAGUUCUUAAUCUGAUGAAGAACAACAACAGGAUCGGCGGUGUACUUGCGGGGGAUAAUGCUCUUGAUGAUUGCUCGUCUGAGACUACCGUCACACAACUGAACGCUGGCGACCAGGUUUACGUUCAACAUCAUGGGACCGAUGGCGAUAUGAUCUUUGUGCAUCAAUACUAUAUAAAUAGUUUUACGGAGUCUCUGUUGCAAAUACAAUAAAUGAUAAUAAAUAAGACGCACAGCU